UAUGUUCUGGGACGCACCUAACUCUCGCCAAAUUCCUAAGGAGAUGCUAGCUAAUAAUACACUAGCUGAAGGAAACCCCACAUCCAUGACUCUCAACUGCGGCACCCCUCCCGCCUCAGCGCCGAGACCGAUGCACCUUGCUCCGGUGGGUGUGGAUGAAGGCUCCCGCGGCGAACAGAGUGAAUAGUAG